AUAUUUAAAUAUGAUUUAUUUUAUUGAAGUGACAGCUCCGGGUUUAAUAAUUGUAUUGCCUUUUCUUAGAAGAGGAAAUGGGACGUACAUUUGUAACUACUAUUCAGUUCGAUUACAUGUAUACAAGACAAAUAAUAAAAAAAACUAAAUGGUAUAAACAGAAAUAAUAGCAGUAUAACAAAGAGAAUUAAAAUGCAAAAAACUAUAUGUUUCAACAUUCGUUUAAGAAAUGUGUUCAGAUUGUAAUACAAUGAAAAACUUAAGGGGAAAGGAGUUGUUGUGAUCAAAGAUCCUAUCGAAUAGAUAUAAGGCGACAAUAGAGACAGUCACCUUAAAGUAAAAUCUAGAACUGAGAGAACGGGAGAGCUGAGGCUGUUUUAAAUGUACAAAUAAAUUAUGUAGGCAGAAGUCUAUAGACCGUGCACAGCACACAACGUCUUUCUUAAUCCCUCCGAAACCGAAAUGACUGGUUUUAACAGGAAGAAGCAGUUCAUUCGUCUGCGCUCCCUCCGCAUCCAACUCGAGACAGUGUUCAUCCUACUCCGAGGCGCAGCGAGAGGGAGCGCCAUCGACCAGGCAAGUAUUCUAAUUAUAAGGUCGCAUACAGUGUCCUACCUCGGAAACUUGUCUCUUCACAGGAUUGUGGCAGCCAAGCGGCUUUCAAGAAGCAUCGCGCUCCCGUCACAUCCCAAAGAAGAAGAUGUUGGUCUGCAACAAAUUUCUGAGCACAGUGACUGGGAGCGCUCAGUCACAGGCAAGUAUCCUUUCGCAUCCGUAACAAACAGAAAACUUUCUGAGGCAUGUUGUCCACAGAGUCGAGAUUAGCCAGAAACCGCUGAAGAAGCGUUGAACCGACCUGACGGUGAUCGAUGGGUUAACGCGAUGGAGAGCGAGAUCCGUGCGUUGAGCGACAACGAUACAUGGCGUCUGGUCAAUUCUGGCGUUGAAGAACGAGUGGGUCUUCAAAAUCAAGACGAACGUAGAUGGCUCCAUCGAACGAUAUAAGGCGCGACUGGUGAUCCUGAUCAAGGGCGUGGACUACCAGGACACAUAAGCCUGGAACACAUAGCGUCCGUUCCGUCGAGGUUUGCGUUUUUUUUUUGACAGUUUUCCCAUGGGAAAUGUGUCAAACUACUGUCACGCACACGCAAACGUAUGCAUUGUGCGGGGCACUAUACUCUCCCGUCGUCCGUUAUGCAACAGUGCAUUGCCCCCUUGUAUUGGCGGCGAAGCUGGACCUUGAAGUGCACCAAAUGGACGCGGUGACUGCAUUCCAGCAGGGCGACUUAGAUGACGAGGAGAUAUUCAUGGAGUAGCCAGAAGGGUUCCGUGAUGACAGGGCACCAACGAAAGUCUGCAAGCUGCAGAAAGCUCUGUACGGUCUGAAACAAGCCAGAGUAUGGACCCGGAAGUUGGACACGAAACUCAAGCAGAUGGGGUCGAGCGGUAGAAGUUGCAUUUACCAUCGGAUCAUUGCAGGAAAGCUCGUCAUUAUAGCAACAUACGUGGACGAUUUCCUCAUUCUUUCGAAUGUUCAGUGGUUGGAGGCCAGUAUCAAACAGCCAUUAGCCAUGCGGUAAGUUUGAUCAACAAUUAUUGCAAUAAUCCUGGUUCCGCAUACUGGACGGCGGCUAAGCGGAUACUGCGGUAUCUGAGGAGUACGAAGCACGAAAAGCUUACGUACACACGAGCCGAGGACACGAGACUCUACGGCUACAGCGACGCAGAUUGGGGAAACGAUCAAGAUACACGACGGCCGUCAGCGGAUAUGUUUUCCUACAGAACUUUGGACCUGUUAGCUGGAACUCGAAGCGACAAUCUACCGUUGCACUAUCGACCACCGAGGCAGAAUAGGAAUACUAUGCCUGAUUGCCUAACGUGUGCCAAAUCCAUCGAUUGCGAUGAUCAAUCCUUCGAGAUCAGAACAAACAAAGAGAUCCAAAAUGCAUUGUGCAAGCAUUUUUGGUUUGGUGAAAAUCAGUACCUUAAAAGUACCAUUUGCUAUCCUUGCUGGAACAAGAUUGAAGAUUUUCAUCGGUUCUACUGUGAAGUGGAAGAACUGCAUUCUAAACUGCUCUUUCCGCACGUACAACUGCUAGAGGUUAAACAGGAAAAUGUUAAGCACGAUUUCAUCCCCGAGCAGUCUGAUGAGUUGAUGAAAGCUGAAGGGAAUGAAGAAGGUUCGAAUGAAAGUAACAAUUCUAGUGAUGAUGAUGAUGAUGACGAUGCAGAUCAUAAAACGAAGAAAAAGAGCUCACGAUCGGAUAUGUCGAAAGCUGGCAAGCGUCCAAGAUUGCGGAAGAAUGAACUGGACGCGGUCCAGGAGUACGUGUCCCAACAGCUCAUUCUAGAUUGUGAUACGUGCUCGAAGCGUUGCACAACUUUCGACACUUUGCAGAGACAUUCAAUAAUGGAGCACGCAAAGAAAGCGACUGUGCAGUGUUGCAAUUUGAAGUUUACGAAAAGCUAUCGCUUCGUGGAUCAUAUACGGUUUCACCUGGAUCCGAGCCGAUUCGUAUGUUCUCAGUGUUCCAAGCAGUGUGGCAAUCGAGAGGCUCUCAAGAGGCACACUCGCACCGUUCAUGGCUGUGAUUUAGAGCAAGAGGGAGCAGGCGUUAUUAAAACGGAAGGUACGGACGAUGAGGAAAGUGAUGGUGAAGCAGAUAGCGGUGAUGUAGAAGAUGGUGAAGCCUCCGAAGAGGAAAGUGAUGUUUCAGAAGGAUCAAACAAUGGAGAAGACGAUGAUGGUAACGACUUCGAGCAAAGUGAAUCACAAACCGCAGAACAAACAAAAGUACUAGAGGAUGAAGUGGAGAUUCAGCAGUAUGUAUCGAAAAAUUUGCCACUGGUAUGUGAUACCUGCUCAGAACGUCACGAAACCUUCAAAGAUUUGCAAAAGCAUUCCAUGGAGAACCAUAGAAAGCGCGCAACAGUGCACUGUUGUAAUCGUAAACUUGUCAACAGCUAUCGAUUCAUUGAUCAUGUACGAUUCCAUUUGAAUCCGGACCGUUUCAAAUGUACCCAAUGCCCAAGGAAAUGCCCCAAUAGUGAAGCACUAAACAGGCACGUAUUGAAAGUACACACGCCGCUAAAUGAAAGGAAAUAUCCUUGUAAGACGUGUCCUAAAAAGUUCUCCACCAAAUGUAACUUAGCAAAGCACGCCAAGAUCCACGGAGAAUCAGAUGGAAGAGCAAUCAGAAAGCGUCAAGCUCGCGAAAAGGACAAGAAGAAUGAAAAAAUGAUCGCUGAACACAUUGCCCUAGAUUGCGAUACGUGUAAGAAGAAGUGCAGUUCGUUCCAAGCGUUGCAGAAGCAUUCAAUGGACGAGCAUAAGAAACUUGCCUACGUGUUCUGCUGCGAUGGAAAGUUCAAUACCAAACCACGACUAGUCGAUCACAUUCUUUACCAUCUGGAUCCGACCAGAUUCCAGUGCAAAGUUUGCCAAAAGAACCUACGCCAUGGGGAUUCGCUGAGACGACACAUAGAACUAAAUCAUGCACCGGAGGAAGCGAAGACUAUCAAGUGCAGCAUGUGUCCGAAGAUGUUUUCGCAUCAGAAGUUCCUGAAUGUUCACGAACGGAAUCACAACCCAAAAUGGCGCUGCGAAAUCUGUGACAGGCGAUUCAUCUGCGAAGCUAUGCUGACACAGCAUCACAAGUCGACGCACACCAAAGAGCUGACCUUUGUUUGUCACGUGUGUGCCAAAACCUACAGCAACUACCAUACCUAUUGGUCGCAUCUGAAAACGCACGACGAAUCGGCGAAGAAGAAACCACAAAAGCCGCGAGUACAGUGCCCUCUUUGCAACGCCUGGACACUGAAGAUGUCGCGUCACAUGCGGCUGCACUCGGGGACGAAGACCUGUGAAGUUUGCGGCGAGGAAUGCAAGAAUGUGAUCACCUACCAGUAUCACAUGAAAAAUCAUGAAACGGGCGAUUUUAUAUGCUCGGUUUGUGGCAAAAACUUCAAGAGAGAAAUCGGAUUGAAGGAGCACAUGGCGUCGCAUACGGGUGACGUGCUGUACAGUUGUGAUUUUUGCGAUCGAACGUUUAACUCAAACGCCAACAGGGCAUCGCAUCGCAAGAAGGCGCACCCGCAGCAGUGGCUCGAAGACAAGCUGAAGAAAGAAGCGGCCAAACUGGCGCAAGCCAGCGAAGCGGUCCAGUCGUAAAUUGAGUCGAAGUUAUGUUCUGUUGAAAACAGUUGAAUAAAUUGCAUUGAGGUAA